GGUGGGGGUGGGGAAGGGCCACUGACUGAUACAUUUGAGAAAGUGUUGCCCAAAUUUGAAGGAAAACAUUUAUAUAUCUGGAGGGGGGACCAUGGGCCAAAUUUGCAAGAGAAGACGAGGGAGGAGGGCAAACCUUUUGGCUGGGGGAGAAGCGGAGCAAAAGCUGCCCCUUGUCCCCCUGCUGCCUCCGCCACUUAAAAUGAGCUCCAACGAUGAUGACGAGAAGAUCGUUACCCGGUCCAGACCAACUCCACCAAUUGUACCAGCAAGAGUAAAGUUGAGAAGCAUAAACAAUGAUAUGGCACCACUUGAAGAAAGCAAACUCAAGGUGAUGCUAGAGCUCACCGGUGGAGAUUCUUCCAGCUAUGGCAGGCCUGGAUUAGAUCUUGUGGCGGUGUUAGAUGUCAGUAGAAGCAUGGAAGGAGAUAAGAUGGAAAAAAUGAAAACUGCCAUGCUCUUUAUAAUCAAGAAACUUGGUCCCACUGAUCGUUUGUCCAUUGUCACAUUCUCUGGAGGCGCCAAUAGGUUGUGCCCGUUACGCCAGACAACUGGAAAAUCCCAAGAGGAAUUUGAAAAUUUAAUUAAUGGUUUAAAUGCCGACGGUGCAACCAACAUCACUGCUGGCCUCCAAACUGCCUUAAAAGUGCUCAAGGGCCGUAGUUUUAACGGCGAACGUGUUGUUGGCAUCAUGCUGAUGUCCGACGGUGAGCAGAAUGCCGGUAGUGAUGCCACCGGAGUUUCAGUCGGCAAUGUGCCCAUACAUACAUUCGGUUUUGGCAUAAAUCACGAGCCGAAGGGGCUCAAGGCUAUUGCACAUAAUAGCAUUGGAGGAACAUUCUCAGAUGUCCAAAAUAUAGACAGCUUGACCAAAGCUUUUGCCCAGUGUUUGGCUGGGCUUCUAACAGUGGUUGUUCAGGACCUAAAGAUGACCAUCGCACAACCCAAAGAUGAAUCGAAAAUACAGCAAGUAUCUGCCGGAAGCUACCCACAAACCAGGGACGAUGUUGCUGGCUCUGUAACUGUUACAUUUGGUGAUCUCUACAGCAAAGAAGUGCGCAAAGUCAUUGUGGACCUUCUUCUCCCUUCUGCUAGUAAGGGAUGGGGAGGAAACGUUCUCGAAAUCACUUACGCAUAUAGCACUCGAGGAAAACUUUUUGAGGCCCCUCCAGCGACCCUUACUGUACGUCGCACGGUGGCAUCCCCAGUUCAAGAAGAGAGGCCGGAGGUGAUAACUGAGGAGACUCGUCUUCGAACUGCAGGAAUGAUGAAAGAAGCAAGAGCCAUGGCUGACAACAAUAAAUUGUACGAUGCUCGGGACAAGCUGGUUGAAGCAGAAAAUUUGCUGGAGGAUGUGGUUGAUGAUGGGCACAACCCGGUAAUCGAGAUGCUGAGGCUGGAGCUGCAACAGCUCUUGAAAUUGAUGAAAUCGCAAGAGACGUAUGAAAAGCAAGGGCGUCCUUUUGCGCUCUCCUCUGAGACUUCCCAUGAUCGUCAGCGGUUUGCUUCGAGAGGUGAUUUGGAAACCCUGCGGCUAUUUGCGACUCCGCGUAUGGACAAAUACCUUGAGCAAGCCAAGGCCUUUGACGAGGAUCCCAGCAAGCCGCCGCCCUCAGUCUUGAAGGAAGAACUGAUUGAAGCUCUUAGAUUUCUUAUUCAGGCAGCCAUUCAGUCUCUCCAGGCCAUUGAGAAAAUAAUCAAUAGUUAAUCUUGGCCAUCUUAUAAUUUGCAUUUUGCUUUUGCACCUUCAAUAACGUACACCACUGUGUAUUCUGACAGUGGUGGUGUUGUGCUGUGUAUGGUUUUUGAUUGUUUUACCAUAAUUAUUCUUUGACUGCCUAUCAAAUGAUGAAAAUUACCGUUUGUUUAA